UGAAAAUAUUGAUAUAAUUUAAAAAUAAAAUGGCCCUUGGGAAACCAGUAAUAAAGCAGGUCGAAAUGAGUGAAGAUAUGAAAGACUUCGCCAUCAAGCAAGCCAUUGAAGCCCUCGAGAAAGCCACCACUGAAAGGGAUGUAGCCUCCCUGCUUAAGAAAAAUUUCGAAGAAAAAUAUGAAUCAGUAUGGCACUGUAUUGUUGGCAGAAAUUUCGGAGCUUUUGUGACACAUGAGAUCGAGCGUUAUAUCUAUUUCUAUAUUGGCCAAAAGGGUUUCCUGAUCUUCAGUACUCCUAGCUAAGGGGUAGUACUAAUUAGCUCCUAAAAUACCUCAUUUUAUAUGAAUAUUAUGUCAAAUUAA